AGAUAUCAUAAAGAUCAAAAUUAUAAUUUAUCAAUAACUGGCGACCAAAAGUGCUAGUACGGAACAAUAAAAUCCAAUUUCCAAUCAAAAUUAGAAACCGGUCGUUUGUUCUCGUAUCUAUAAAUAUUCAUCAGUUUCUGAUGUUCAAUUUCUGUCUAAACCUAAUUAUUUGACGAUUCUCCAGCAGCGAACUCCUCAACUAAUUCAGAGUCGCCAUGAUGGAUAUCUGUAAGAGACUUGCGGUUGGAAGGGACAAACUCGAUAGGUUUAUGGAUCUUCCUAUUAAUGUCAUACAUCAGAUUCAGGAUCACAUGUCUAUUGAGGAUGCCGCAAGAAUGAGUAUUUUGUCUAGUGGUUUGAGAUAUGUUUGGGCUUCAAACCCAAAGCUCGUAUUUGGUGCACAGUUUUACCUAAAUAGAAAGCUACCCGGCAAAACAGACAUCAUUAGUACUAUUGUCUCGCAGCACCAUGGAGCAAUUAAGACGUUCUACUCAAUAAUACAUUCUCCUCAGCACUCAGUUGUUGAUGAAUGGAUGCUAUUGUUGUCAGGAAAUGGUCUCACUGAUCUCACCCUUAAUAACCUAAAAGAUGCCAAGGCUCCAUAUAGAUUGCCUUCCUGUGUGUAUGGUGUGGAACUUGAACGGUUAGACCUGUGGAAUUGCAUUUUCAGGCCGCCAUGCAGUUUUAGGUGUUUCCGCAAGAUCAAAACGCUUGCACUAAGGCAAGUGUCCUUUGAAUUAGACGUUGCAACUUCUUCCCUCUGGAUGCCAAACCUUGAGAAAGUGUUAUUUAUGCAAUGCAGCGGUAUUCGUCACUUGAAUAUAUAUGCACCAGAACUUAUAACUUUAGUUUUCUUUGGCUGUGGCACUGACUGCCUUAAACUGGGUCCCUUCAUGGACUGUGUGAAGCUGAAACUUUUUGCAAUUUCAUUCGAAGAAGAAGUUUCACAAAACAGACAAGAUAAAGCAGUGAAAUUGACAAAUCUUCUCAGCAGCUGGCCUAACAUUACUUUGCUUAUGCUGGACCGGUACUUCCUCAAGUUUUUUGCUUCUGGUACUGGAGCAGAGAAGCUUCCCGCGAGCCUCAAUAGAUUGAGAGUUGUUAAUUUUCACAAUUACGAUUUCGAUGGUGUAAAUCAAAUAUUUCCCCUUCUGUGCAUCCUUAGAAGUUCUCCCAAUUUGAAGGCACUUACAUUUCUUUUGUGCCAGAGGAAGGAGGGUGACAUGGAAGUGGAUCUAAAUCUUCUUGAAGGACCACACUGCAUGACACAGGGACUCGAUAACCUUCAAACCUUUGAAAUAAAAAAUUUCCAUGGUUCAAGAACGGAGUUGCGCUUUGUAAGGUUUAUACUUGCCUCCGCUCCUUUACUCCAAAAGCCCAUCUUUUUGGUGGAUAGAAGUGUUAAUGAAAGCCGAUCCUCAGAAAUCAGAAAGAAGUUGAUGCAGUUUCCUCGGGCAUCUCCUAAAUCGGAAAUAAUAUACAAACAAUACUGUUGGGAAGAAGAAGCCAGGCGAGUUCUAGUUGGUUGAGAUGGCCGGACCCCCUUUCUCAUUCUUCAUUAUCUUCUUGCCUUAUGUCUGUUUUAGUGACUAGUGUAGAGGAUCCUAUAUUUCAUAUCUUGAAUUGCAUAUCAGCCUUGGAUAAUUUAUACUUCUGAUUUUUUAAUUAUCCAAAAAUUUUAAUUUUGGUUCU